AUGAGUGUUGCAUUUGGUAUGGAGGCCUUCGUGUGGUGCAGAUUUCAGGCUGUCUGCGCCGUGUGGCUCGGCAUCGCGCUCGCGGUGACGGGCGAGAUGAAGUUGAGCGUCAUCGGAUUUGCGUGCCAGUGCCUGUCUUCUCUGGCAGAGUGUGGCAGGGUAGUGCUGAUAGAAAUGGUGAUAAACAGGCAGGGCAUGAGGAUGGAUCCGCUCACGGCCCUGUCGUACUAUGCCCCUCUUUGUUUCUGUGUGCUCGUGCCGUUUGCCGCGGCGACCGAGAUUCCUGACGACAUUUCUGCGUGGUGGCGCAGUUUUGACGAGCACGUUGGAUACGUAUGGAUAUUCCUGAAUGGUAUCGUCGCCUUCAGCUUGAACCUCAGCGUCGUGCUUCUGCUUCAAAAGACGAGCGCGGUGACUUACAUUCUCUGUGGGGUUAUGAAGGACGUAUUGAUGAUCGUUGGCUCAGUAUGUUGGCUGGGAGCUUCCAUUUCACUCCAACAGGUCAUAGGUUACACACUGGCUCUUGCCAGUGUGCAGGUUUUCAAUCAGGUCGGCAAGAACAUCAAAGUCUUUGAAGAACGAGGCAUCAUGGGCGGAAUGUGUUAUCUUCUCGAGGACGUGAUUGGGACAUCCAAAGGCUCCGGGCACCAGCAUGGCGAAUGA